AUGGUCGGUGUACCCAGAAGCAAGGGGUGUCAGACAUGUCUGUCCAGGAGGACAAAGUGUGAUGAGGUACGUCCGGCCUGUGGGAACUGCAUCAAGUAUGGUGCUGUGUGUCCCGGUUACGACCGAGGCCUCAAGUUUGUGGCCGUGAAACACGCAAUAAGACCACGCGGGCGGCGACAGCCGCAGCCACAGCAGCAGCAGCGCCGGCUAUCAAGUUCCUCUACUGCAUACGUAAAACGGCCUCAUCCGGCUUCCGGCGCCGCGUCAGCAGGGGAUAAGCUCCUCGUUGGCGAUGGAGAUGCCAGUGGUCAGCACCCAGGAGUCUUUCCGGACCCGCAGCCGGUUACGGUGCUUGAAAAAAUCCAGUCGGCGGUGAUGCGGACCCAGACGAUUCCCUUCGCGCCGCUUCCUGUUAGGACACAGUAUACGGGUACGCUUCUACAGAGUUUGCAGGAAAUUUCUCCUCACGACGAGGCCUUAGCUUCUGGGACAUGGAUCGGCGACGCAGCAAGUUGUUUGCAUGACUCUCCAGUCUUGGAGAUGUCUGUUGCUGCAUUCACUAGCCACUUACUAGGUAAGAUACAUCGUGACGAGCAUGUUCUGGCGCAAUCGCGUACUCUUUAUGGUACAGCCUUAGGGUACCUCCAGCAGUCUCUGAAUCACCCACGCGAAUGGAAGUCUUCCGGGACACUUGGAGCGUCUCUGAUACUAUGCUACUACGAGCUUUUUGCCGGGACCACGACGCCUGAUAGUUGGAUGAAGCAUGCAAAAGGGUUGGGUAAACUCAUACAGCUGAGGGGCCCCAAAGCGCACACUGGUGAUUGGGAGCGUGAUAUGCUUUUAUCUUUUCGCCCGGUUAUCAUCAUGAAUUCUCUCUUCUCCGGCGAGGACUGCUUUCUAGCUGCAGAGCCGUGGCAAUCCGUUAUGAGGCACAAGCCAGGUGUGCCGACUAGGACCGUGUCUGGUACAAUAAUGAGUCCUGAUAGCCUCGACGUCAUUGAUCGGUAUUUCCAGCUUCUGGCAAAGUUGCCGGGUAUCGUGCGUCAUGCAUAUGUUUUGCGUGAAGCGAACAACCGCGGACUCCCAGUCGACAUCCAGAAGGCCCUUCUGCUCGCAGAUGUCGCAAAUCAAGUCCACGCCAGUUUCUUAGAAUGGCAUCCGGGAUUACUGGAACUCGAGCCAGCGCCCAAACAAGUCCAAACAAAGGAUCAGAUAUCCAUCUUCCCCACUGUCUUUCAGUUUGAAAAUCCGUGGAUGGGUGCGGUGCACAUGGGAUACUGGGCAUCCAUGGUGAUCCUACAAGAGACACUGAUCCAGUGCCGGUAUCCCGGGGAUUAUCCGCAAAGAGAAUUCGCAAUCAACAUCUUGAGAUCUAUAGAGAACGUGGGUCAGGGUCUGAUGGGCGCUUACAGGUGUGGGUAUAGUAUUAGGAUUGCGUUCGAGUUUGUGAACGAGAGAGAAAGGGACUGGUUGAAAACGUGGCUAAACAGGUUUGAAAAGAAUUACGCUGCAACAAGUGCAAAGACUUAUCCUAACAUGGAAGAGCCUGAUAAAGCGACUGGAUAG